AUGAUCAACCUUUCCGCUGCUAACCUUCUCCUUGCCCUCGCUGUCGCCUCUGGUGCGCUCGCAGGCCCGGUUGUUACGGUUGUGCCGGUUUCAGUCGAGUCUCCUACUCCUGCCAGCUCAGUUGUCAUCGAGUCCCCCAACCCCUCUUCUUUAGUCUUUAUUGAGUCUUCCACACCUGGAAGCGUAGUCAGCACCUUCAUCGAGUCGGCAACUCCUUCUGCCUCCUUCAUCCGGUCGGCAAACCCUUCCGUCUCUUUCAUCGAGUCGGGGACCCCCUCCAUCUCUUUCAUCCGGUCGGCGACCCCUUCCGCCUCCUUCGUCAGGUCGGCGCCCCAUUCCGUCUCCUUCAUCGAGAGUGCUACCCCAAACAGCAUGCAAGGCACAUGCACCGGACUGCCGAUUGUCACCGUCACCGUCACCAAGACCGUCACUCCCACGGCCGUCAGCGCCGGGCCCUCCGGCAUCGCGAGCGACUUCUUCGCCUCCAUCGACAGCUCGUCCUCUGGUGUGGUCAGCAGCUUCAAUCCCUCUAGCAUUGUGAGCAGCUUCCCCUCCUCCAUCGGCAUCUCGCCCUCUGGCAUCGUCAGCAGCUUCAAUCCCUCCGGCACUGUGAGCAGUUUCCCCUCUUCCAUCGGCAUCUUGCCCUCUGGCAUCGUCAGCGGCUUCGAUCCCUCCGGCACCGUGAGCAGCUUCCCCUCUUCCAUCGGUAGCUCGCCCUCUGGCAUCGCCAGCAGCUUCAAUCCCUCCAGCGGCUUCAAUCCCUCCAGCAUUGUGAGCAGCUCCCCCUCUUCCAUCGGCAUCUCGCCCUCUGGCAUCGCCAGCAGCUUCAAUCCCUCCGGCACUGUGAGCAGCUUCCCCUCCUCCAUCAGCAUUUCGCCCUCUGGCACCGUCAGCAGCUUCAAUCCCUCCAGCGGCUUCAAUCCCUCCAGCGGCUUCAAUCCCUCCAGCAUUGUGAGCAGCUUCCCCUCCUCCAUCGGCAUCUCGCCCUCUGGCAUCACCAGCGGCUUCAAUCCCUCCGGCACCGUGAGCAGCUUCCCCUCCUCCAUCGGCAGCUCGCCCUCUGGCAUCGCCAGCAGUUUCAAUCCCUCCGGCACUGUGAGCAGCUUCCCCUCCUCCAUCGGCGUCUCGCCCUCUGGCAUCGUCAGCAGCUUCGGGGACGAGCCCUCUGGCGUCGUGAGCACCUUUUGA